CAAUUCACCAUUUUUUAAUUUCACAAAGGAGAGCCUGAUGGUCAGAGGAGUAAGUCUCUGGGCUGGAGUGAGAGGCAGGGAGGGGCUGGACUGGGUAGGGUGGGCCUCAGUUCUGUGGAUGUUCGGCAGCACGCGCAGGUGUGCUUUGCCCCAGACAGAGUGGCCUCCCGGAUACCCAACGGAGGAACCGCGCAAGCUCCGUUCUGGAAAUGACUUGUUUUCGUUUUUCUUUCUGGUUUCUCAGCUCAUUAUUUCUUUGGGAAUUAGGUCCUGCGCAGGGUUCCCACAGUUUGGGGUAAGAGACAGAAGCCCUAGGGUGGGAAGAUGAGCGGCGGGAGUUGGAGGCUGGAGAGAGGCUGGAAAAGAGGCUGGAAAGAGUGUGUAAGCAUCAGUGCACUUUUCUCCACCUCACCCCUGGCUCCUGGUCUGCCCUUAUUCGCUGAGUUUCCACACCGACUCUCUCUUUAUUUCUGUUUUCUCCAGGGAGCCCUACUCUGGAAGCUGUCAGUCCCAGGGCACUGGGGAGGGCUGAGGCCAACCAUGCCCAGCCUGCUGCUGCUCUUCACGGCUGCUCUGCUGUCCAGCUGGGUUCACCUUCUGAUAGAAGCCAACUCCUGGUGGUCAUUAGCUAUGAACCCGGUGCAGAGACCCGAGAUGUUUAUCAUCGGUGCCCAGCCUGUGUGCAGCCAGCUUCCUGGGCUCUCCCCUGGCCAGAGGAAGCUGUGCCAAUUGUACCAGGAGCACAUGGCCUACAUAGGGGAGGGAGCCAAGACGGGCAUCAAGGAAUGCCAGCACCAGUUCCGGCAGCGACGGUGGAACUGCAGCACAGUGGACAACGCGUCUGUCUUUGGGAGAGUCAUGCAGAUAGGUAGUCGAGAGACCGCCUUCACCUACGCGGUGAGCGCCGCGGGCGUCGUCAACGCCAUCAGCCGCGCCUGCCGCGAGGGCGAGCUCUCCACCUGUGGCUGCAGCAGGACCGCGCGGCCCAAGGACCUGCCCCGGGACUGGCUGUGGGGCGGUUGUGGGGACAAUGUGGAGUACGGCUACCGCUUCGCCAAGGAGUUCGUGGACGCCCGGGAGCGAGAGAAGAACUUUGCUAAGGGAUCGGAGGAGCAGGGCCGCGUGCUUAUGAACCUGCAGAACAACGAGGCGGGUCGCAGGGCUGUGUAUAAGAUGGCAGACGUAGCCUGCAAAUGCCACGGCGUCUCGGGGUCCUGCAGCCUCAAGACCUGCUGGCUGCAGCUGGCCGAGUUCCGCAAGGUGGGGGACCGGCUGAAGGAGAAGUACGACAGUGCGGCCGCCAUGCGCAUCACCCGCAAGGGCCGGCUGGAGCUGGUCAACAGCCGCUUCACCCAGCCCACUCCAGAGGACCUUGUGUACGUGGACCCCAGCCCUGACUACUGCCUGCGCAACGAGAGCACGGGCUCCCUGGGCACGCAGGGCCGCCUUUGCAACAAGACCUCAGAGGGCAUGGACGGCUGUGAGCUCAUGUGCUGCGGCCGAGGCUACAACCAGUUCAAAAGCGUGCAGGUGGAGCGCUGCCACUGCAAGUUCCACUGGUGCUGCUUCGUCAAGUGCAAGAAGUGCGCGGAGAUCGUGGACCAGUACAUCUGUAAAUAGCCCGGGGGGCCUGCUCCCGGCCCCGCCCGCACUCUGCCUCACAAAGAUCUAUGUUAUAAAAAUCUGUAUAAAUCUA